AUGUCACGGAGGAAGAGCGGCCCUAUACAGACGCACGUGGGCGCGAGUAACGAGACGGCGCCGCAGUAUUUUCCCCCGUUGGGAAGGCCCUCAUCAUCUCGGCGGUUCGCGAGGAUACCGUACCCCGGCAAGCAAGCUCGCGCCGACCGCGCUAGAAGAGAGACGGAGGCGCGGGGAGGGGCCAAGCGCGCAGAGACCCACACAGAGUGGACCAGCGCGGGCGUCUCCUACAGACCCGGAUCUGUCACCUCGGUGCAGAGCCGAGAUGCCGCGAUUUGCGUCGAGUUGAACACCGGCCAGAGCGCGGACAGUCGACGCCGACCGACGCGCACCAGGAGCAAUCCGCUUCAACCAUUGUCGCUGCCUGAGAACACCCGCGCCAGCGUCAGCGUGUGCGUGUGCAAGUCCUCGCUGCCGCGUCAGACGUCGGAAGGCGCGUCGGGUCUGGAAUUUCACGUGGAGGUGGCACCUGCCGAGACCAGCUUGCGCCGGUUUGUGGGGCAGACCAUGGGGCGACAGCGACGAGCUGUCAUGGGCAGCACGAACCUGCCUGUGCUCACCCACCACUGUGAGGCCCGCGCAGGAGCACACCAUCUGCCGGGCCCCAGAGGCACCAAGCAAGCGGCAACUCAAGACGCAAAAGCGCCCAGACGCUCGACAUGUGAUAACGAUACAAUGGACCAGCGCCCCCGCGCGGUGAAGCUCAAGCCGACGCGGCACGAGAAGUUCAAGCUGCCUCUGAUCUCCUCGUCGACCGGAAAAACGGCCACCCACGCAGGACAAUGCAGGACCAAGCGCAAGCUGUCGCCACGAGACGCUCAGCUAGCUGAACACGAGCAAGCAAAGCUCGUGCUCGGGGACUCGAUUGACGCACACGAAACUGCAUCGAAAUCCUACAAAAACGAGCACUGGUACACCAGUCCCAUCGGAUUUGGGUCCAAGAAAUCGGUGCUGCUGGCGGCGCUCAAGUCGCGCGACCCUGGAGGAGCUGGGGUCAUCACCUCGAAGCAGUUGAUCCAAGCACUGCAAGCUCCCAACUUCGGGCUGGACGAACAACAAGCUCGCUCACUUUUGACCGAGUUUGAUCUUCAACUGCUGGAUGAGGGCGCUAAAGUACCCUAUCGCGAGUUUGUCAGGCACCUUCGGCUGCCUGAUGAACGACCCAGCCAACCGGGGCAGGACCCAACGAUAUUCUACCAGGAGAGCUACAUUAAUCAAGGAGAUCGUCUAUCUUUUGAAUUCGACAAGGCGCGAAAGCAGCGACGAGCAGAAGCCAAGUCGCGAAUCUUGCUGGUGCAUAUCAAUCGGAUAGAGGCAUUCUCGCAGCAUCAACAAAAAGUUACUGAGCAGCACGAGACCAUGCGCCUGGCCGCUAAGGCUUUGCACCGCCAUGCCCACUUUGAGCAAGCUUUCGAAGAGGAGAAUCGUCGGCUACUCAUAGCGCAACGACUUCCGAAAGGAAUGCUAGGGUCUCCAACUGCCAAGAUGCACCACAAUGUGAGCAAGGACUCAAUGUUUUACGUCGAGCCCGUUUAA